GACAUAGGAGCGAAAUGAAGAGUUUUAUCGGAUUAUUCCUUGCCCUAGCGGCUUUGAUUGACCUAGCUAAUUCAAUGAGCACGGGAGAAUAUAUUUGCCGUGCAGGAGAAGCUGAAGGUUCAGUUGAAGUUACAGUUGUUAAGGAUGUAAACCACGUAGAAUUAAGAAUCGGUGACAACCCUCCUGUAAUCGGAGAAGAAAUCAACCCCUACGAAGCCGAAUUUAUAAAACACAAAACAAAUAUUGAAUGCACGGCUUUCGGAAGUUUCCCAGCAGCCCAUAUUGAACUGUAUUUAGGCACGGACAAAAUCGAACCAGAAUCCAACUUAAACACAAAGCUUAUUGGUACUGAAUACAAAUCGGCCAUUGUAGCGAGAAAAACAUUGUAUCCCAAACAUUCUGGUAAGAAGUUACGAUGCGUUGCGUCAGUCCACUUGCCACCCGAGACUCCAUUACAACCCGUGGAGAAAGAAAGCAGUAUUCCCCUUCAUAUCAUUACACUGGUUCCGUUAAUUACCUGUAAAAAUAAAACAGCUUCCAUGAAAGAUAAAUAUGUUAAUUUAGAAUGCGAUGUGUCUGCUGAGAAACCAAUGAGAAGUUUGUUCUGGAAACUAGGGUAUAAUAAUCAAUAUAUUUACCCUGGUAACAAGACGGCAGAUUUUGAUGAGGUUACUGUGGAGGAAAUUGAGGGAAAUGACAAGAACAAGAGAGUUACAUUAAGUAUCUAUAAGAUGAAAAAAGAACAUUUUAAUUCUAUUUUCUACCUGAUCGUAGAAGAUAAUAGUGGAGAAAUUUAUCAAGAACCAGUUUAUAUCAGCCAAUAUUACAGCAGUGGUUUAAUUUUACGACCCUGUUUAUUAACUCUUUUAAUACUAGUUUUUACUCAAUUAUUCCAUUAGUGAAACGAUAAUGCGAUGGUAUCUUACGUAUAAAGGGUUAAAGUCACCAGAUGUUGGAAAACGAAAAGGAUUAAUAAUUGGAUCAAAGGGAGAUAACUCUAAUGGAUAUGUUUGGUUUCUGAAGCUGGCAAAGGAAUUUGUAACUUUUAUUUUCAAAAUGUGCUAAUAUUAUUUCUCUUGUGCUAAAGUAGAAUUUUUCUCUACUUCACAUUUUGAUUUCAUUAAUACAUUGUUAAAGAGGCAAAAUUGCAAAAAAAAUUAUACCUGAAAAUAUUUCUAAAGUAUGUUAUUUAUAUCUAUGUAUCUACUUGAUCAAACUGAAUUUGUUUUAAAAGGGUUAAUUAAAAACGUUGUAAAUUAUACCUGAAAAUAUUUCUAAAGUAUGUUAUUUAUAUCUAUGUAUCUUCUUGAUCAAACUGAAUUUGUUUUAAAAGGGUUAAUUAAAAACAGAGAGUACUAAUUGUUAAUUAAGCAGAUAUAUAGACAUAAAUAGCCUAAAAACGUAAUGAAAUUUAAAACCUUACGUAAUGUUUUCAAAUAGUUUUGUCGUUUAAAAAUUAACGACUGGAUUUGUUUAGUUAAAACUUUCAGAUACGUUAAAGGACACAUUUCUAUAGAUUUUGGUGUAUAGUUUUCACAAAUUUGAGCCAAAAAAAAGGGGAAUCCCCCUUUAAUUAUGUUAGUGCUUUUUCUUUGAACAAAGAAUUGAAUUCACCUCAACGUUUUUUUUAGAAAAUUUUUGAUAGAGCCCUGCAAAGACUUUUGAAAAUAGCUUUGAAAUAAACUCGAACAUUUACAAUUGUAAAUAGUUUUUGUUAGUAUCUUUUUAACUUGUAAAUAUCAUACUCUUUCUUAAAGGGACACUACCCAUGUCCAGUAGCUUAAAGGGAUAGUACCUCUUAGAAUGAACAUAAAAUUUAAGUUCUCGAAAUGGUCAAUAUGAGUAUAUAUUCACCAGGUAUAUCUACUGGCUCUUAUUCGCCGAGUUUAAAAUUCUUCAAUUUUAUGUUAAUUCUAAGACGUAGUAUCACUUUAAAGUCCUAGCAAAUUUUUCAAGUCUUUGAUAGUAUUCUUGCACUGCCGAUUUUUCUACUCCGCGAUCACAAAGGCAAAGACUUCUGCCUGCAAAAAGAAAAGUUUUUUAAAUAUUCCAAUUUUCUUAAAAUAUCAAGGAAAAAAAUUCAAAAAACUUUUUGUUUGCUUUGCUCAAUGAAGUUGUUUUUACGUUUUAUAAAUUUUUUUUGGAAAAAUGCGAUUCCUUAAUAAUGUGGUUGGAGAGCAAUGAAUGAAUUAGAACAUAGAGAACUGUUUUGAAUAUUGCAUUUUUUUAUCUAUUUUCUUCCGUAAAACGAAACAUUCCAAAAAAGUUCAAGCCAUUGGCAAUGACAUCAUUGAUAUGUGCAUAACAGGGUUGUUGAUAUCAGAAGUUCCCAACCAGACACAUGGAUAUGUAAAUUAAGAUCAAUUUUCAUUGAGAAUGCUGGAAAAAUGCAGAAAAUCUAGAAAAUUUGCAUAGAAGUGUCCUAAACAUCAAAAAAGCUGCUAGUCAUUUUAGAGCUCCUAUCAAACAUGAAUGGCAAAUUCAGAUAAAUCAGCAGAAAAAUGCAAAAAAUCUAGAACAUUUGUAUAAAAAACUUUGUCAUUUUGGAGCUCCAACCAGACAUGACUGGCAAAUACAGAUAAAUCAACAUUUCUGUGUAGAACAUUUGUAUUAAAAAAAUUUAAUGUCCUAAAGAUCAAAAUUGCUGUCAGUCAUUUUGGAGCUCCAACCAGACAUGACUGGCAAAUAAAGAUUAAACAACAUCCCUGGUGCACAAAAGUUUAAAGAGACUUACCUUCCAUAUAUGCAGCAUAUAGGUAGAAUUGGCAUAACUGCUUUGGAUUCUGUUUUUCUGUUGUAUAUUUGGCCUGAGAUAUGAAUGCACAUGCAAACUCUAACAAUCAUGAGCCAGAGCAGUCUAUUUUGUUUUAAGGGUAGAAUGAAUAGUUCAUUCAUACCUAUUCUACCUUCAAUUAAAAUGGACUGUUCGAGGUUAUAUUUUGAAUAGCCCAGAUAUGCAUAAAUAUCUUUUUCGUUGUAACUACGUUGUUAUCCCUAAAUAAAUCUAAUUAGCAUAUCUAUGAAUAAAUUUGAAUAUUAUGUUAAUGAGUUCUAUGCAAAUAUGAAUUUUCAAGUAUUAUAAUAUGUGUGCGUUAUAUUCGUAAUAUUUUUUGCUUUCAAUAAUCUACAGUUUCACGGCAAAUUGGGGGCUUAUUCUUGAAAACUUAACGCAAGAUUUGCUGUAAUCUGACUGGUCAAUCACUAAAUUUGAUUUUAAAUUUAGUUUUAUUAUCUAAUCAGAUUACUGUAUUUCUUAACUUAAGAUGAUUUUAGUAUUCCAGUCAUCUGAUUGGUCAAUCACUAACAUGGAUUUUAAAUUCAGUUUUAUUAUCCAAUCAGAUUACAGUAUUUCCAAACUUAUAGUGAUAUUAGUAUUCCAGUCAUCUGAUUGGUCAAUCACUAAAAUGGAUUAUAAAUUCAGUUUUAUUAUCCAAUCAGAUUACAGUAUUUGUUAAAAUCAUGAUUUUAGCUUAGUUAAGUUUUCGGAGAACGGCCCCUGAAUUAUUUUAAUUUUUGCUUGAUCUUGCCUGUACUUAGCAGUCAAUUAUUUUUGCUUUCUGUUUAUAUUCAACAGAUUUAAAGAGAUUGGAAAGAGGUUUUCUAAAUGUUUUAUGUGUAUCAAUUUACACCAUUCUAAUUUUCAAUCAGAUGUGUGUGGCUUUUGCAAAUCCACUAAAACUAAGCGUUGAUGACGUCAUUUAGUUUUAAUGGAAUUGCAGGAACCACACACGUCUGAUUGAAAAUUAGAAUGGUGUAAAUUGAUGAUAAAUUGAUCAGUGUCCCUGAUACACAUAAACAAUUUAGAAAACCUUUUUACAAUCUCUUUAAAGGCUGUUCUAGUUAGUAAACCCACUAGUUCUCAGUUGAAGAUGAAGUCAUCACUUAUUUUCAACUUUCAACAAUUUUUUUUUGAACAAAUUGUAUUUUAUUUGCUUCCACUAAUAAAUUCUGCUUUUUUUAGAUUGU